CUUAUUUCUCUGGGACUCUGGGUAUUUCUAAUUUAUCUUUUGAUGUUUCUUUCAUUUCAGCAGAACACAAUGAUUUCUCAAUUACUGGAUGUUCUGAAACAGAGAAAGAGUCUAUGACUGGAUCUGACGGAGAGGAAGCGUGGCAUGCUGACUUUAAUCAGAAGACAGGAGUAGUUACAUUGCCUGAUUUUGCAGAUCCUAUGAGCUUUCCAGGAUUUUAUGAAGUGAGCCUGGCAGACCAAGAAGUAUGCAAACAAAACCUGGCUGUACUCAUUAAAGCUUACAAGAGCCCACCAGAGGAAAUGGACCCUCCUGAGACGUCCAUCUAUCCAAGGAACGAUGUGCAGCUGGCUGUUGAAAACACGCUCAUCUGUCACGUGACAGGCUUCUUUCCUCCACCUGUCAAUGUCUCAUGGACUAAGAACAAUGUCGUUGUGACGGAAGGCGUGAGUCUGAGUCAGUACCGACCGAGGAGCGAUGGUACCUUCCACGUGUUCUCCUCUCUGAAGAUCACUCCUGAAGAGAGAGACAUU